AUGGAGGACGACAGGAUGGAGCGGAUGGAGUCGAUGGAGCCGAUCUCUGCGCACUACACCACCGCGUACCCGGAGAUCCAACCCGACAGCGGGUACGACUCCAAAGAGCCCCCCGACGGCCAGGAGAAGCCUCCGCCCACUCCGACGUACGAUGAAGACUUCGUGCACAAGACGAUCCUGGUCGGGGACAGUGGAGUGGGAAAGACGUCGCUGCUUGUGCAGUUUGAUCAGGGGAAGUUCAUCCCCGGCUCCUUCUCUGCUACAGUGGGCAUUGGAUUCACGAAUAAAGUGGUGACUGUUGACGACGUAAAGGUCAGACUACAGAUUUGGGACACAGCAGGACAAGAAAGGUUCAGGAGUGUGACACAUGCGUAUUACAGAGAUGCACAUGCUUUGCUCCUCCUGUAUGACAUCACCAGCAAAACCUCCUUUGACAACAUAAGGGCCUGGUUAACAGAGGUCCAUGAGUAUGCACAGAGCGAUGUAGUCAUCAUGUUGCUGGGCAACAAGGCUGACAUGAACAGUGACAGAGCCAUCAGGAGAGAUGAAGGAGAGCGGCUGGCCAGAGAGUACUCGGUUCCUUUCAUGGAGACAAGUGCCAAGACGGGGGUCAACGUAGAGCUGGCCUUCACCGCUGUUUCCAAGGAGCUGAAGCACCGGGCCGUCCAGCAUCCCAAUGAACCCAAGUUCCAGAUUCAUGAAUACAUCGAAGCACAGAAGGAGAAGUCGGGCUGCUGCAGCUACUUCUAAACCUCCUCUGGUGAUCCGUCCUCCCACCACUCUGGCACCGAGUGGGAGG